GACCUGCUGGUUGCUUGUUCUUGUCCGUCUGACAACAGUUGGGAUAGCUGCAAGUCAGAGAGAAAGGGAAUCGAGUAAUUCCAGGAUUUUGGUUUUGGUUUUUUGUUUUUUCUAUUCCGAAUCUUUACUCACCUGAUGUCCCAGUCACCAGAUCUCCACUUGAUCCCGCGUUACUGACCAGACAGGCUCACAAGUCAUCGGUCAGCCGUUGCGACCGGCAGUCUAAAAUAAUACUACCCACUCUACAAAAUUGUUUUAUUGUCUACCGAUCUACACCCAGUUGGAUUUGCUUCCGUCCUGCAUACGUCGCUGUUGCAAGGUCCUCGUUGGUGGUGCCCUGUAAUUGUUGGAUUUCUGCAGCCGUGCAGGCGUGAUCAACCCGAUCCAGUUGGUCUCGGCCUGAUCCUUUACAGAGAAAGAACAAUUGUGUGGCUGGUCAUUGGCUGUCGCUAAAUAGAAACAACAGGUGUGUCAUCGAGUCCGCGCGAGAACAUAUAAGGAAAAAUGGCGUUCACCUUCUCUUUCGCGUCGGCCAUUAUGAUGGUUUUAGGUCUGACGUUGAUGGUCUCGUGCCAAGAGGUGAAACUCGAAGAGGUGAAAUCUGAUGUUGUCGAAGAUGUUCCGGCCAACGUUGUAGAAGGAUCCACUCGGCCGCCAUUAACGGGCAUCCCGCAGAUCGACUACAUUUGGGAUCCGAAUCUUCCGCCUGCUCUAAACGGCUACAAUCUCAGCAAUUAUCCAUUUUACUACAAAAUGCCCGGUCGUGACGAGAUGAAUUUCGAAUGCGACAAUCGCCUCGAUGGCUUUUACGCAAGCGUCUUCCAUAAAUGUCAAGUUUAUCAUCAAUGUCUGUUCGGCCAACGCUACGACUUCAUGUGCGCAAACUUCACCGCCUUCGACCAAAAGAUUUUCAAUUGCCAGUUCGCCAAUGAAGUGGAUUGCGACAAUUCGCCUUUGUUCUACGACAGGAACGAAGCGCUUUACAAAGAAGCGUCUACAACGCCCGCACCGACGCCGGCGCCUCAGGUUGUCGUGGUACGAACCCGUUUCGUCGAUGAGUCAGGCCGUGAGGUACCGCCACCAGGCCGUCCUCAAGGUGGACGUUUCCGUCGUCCACAAGGCAAACGCCGACCCGUUUACUACGACGAUUAUUACGACUACGACUAUCAAGAGUACUACGACGCUCCGGCCAACGAGGAAGAAGAUCCGGCUGCAGCAGGAAACGGAACGGCGAAAGCCAAACCAUCAAAAGCCCCAAUUGAGGAAGGAGUUGCUGCGCCAGUUAGACCGGCCAAAACGGGUGGUGGAAGACAACAACAACAAAACAAGCCGAAUUCAGGACAAGGCAACAAGCUCAACAUUUUCAACAACAACCGACCCCCACCGAGGAUCCGUCCACCCGUUCCAAACAGCGAAGGCAAGAAACAGCAACCGGUGAAAACGACAACUCCAUCGACGACGACUGUCCUGCCUGCCGAAGACGAGUACGAAUAUGUCGACUACGUCGAUGGUGAACUGGGGGUGGAAGUGGUCACUACCACCACAACAACAACUCAAAAACCGACGACAAAGAGACGUGUCAGACGUCCAAAGAUGUCAACGACAUCCACGACGACGACAUCAGCGCCUUUGGUCGAGGAGUUUAUCGAUGACGAGGUAUUCCUUGACGAGGAAAUCAUCGAACCAGUUACUACUCCUGCCCCACGUCCCAGAAGACCAAAUGGAUCAUUGAGAGGCAGUGGAACAAGAUUUUCGCAAUCCAGCACAACGUCGACGACUGUUGCAUCGACAUCAACGACUACAUUAGCGCCAGCCGUCGAAGAAGAACCGAUUCAAUUGCCUUCGAAACCCAAUCCUUCUUUAUUCAAUCGCAGGACAUCCGUUGUCAACAUUCUGAAGCGGAGAAGUUCAACAACCACCGCGCCAUCUCAGGACAUCUUCAACGAAUACGAUGAAAUAGUGGACGAAGUCGUUAAUGAAGCGCCAGCAGUUACUCAAGCAACAACAGUUAAGACUACAACUACGACCACAACAACGCCAGCACCAACUAGACGGACAACCAGAGCCAGGCCUUCGAGACCUUUGAACACGGCCCGUGCUCGUCCCACUACGGAAGCGCCUGUCGUUGUUGUCGAAGAAGAGGCUGUUGCGACCGAAGCGCCUGUCGUAGUCGAAGUUGCUUCUCCUGCGCCGGAAGAAGCUCCUACCACACGGGCGGCAGUUCGUUCGAGACUGCGUUCCAGACCACAAGCUUCUCCGGUAGUGGAAGAGGAGCCAGUCGUUACAGCUGCUCCGGCAGUGAGGAGAGGCGCUCAAAGACGAAUUCUUUCUGUACAAAAGGGUCCACAACCAGUAUCUGAAGUCGAGUUGGAUGCGCAGACAGAUGUUAUUGGGACGGAAGAAAAUUCGCGGCAAGGAAGAGAUCUGAUUGCGCCUGAAACAUCCCGCGUCAUGCUGGAAGAGUCAACAAACUUUGAUGAGGACCACGGCGAGAGCCAGUGGUCUCUGAUUCAUUUAUUUUCUCGUGUUUUCCCACAACGCGCUUGAUUUUUCACACACAUUUGGCCCUUUCCCUUUAAAUUUGAGCCCAACAUUCGCCACAAACGGAAAAAUUAACGUAAAGUAAAAUAAUAAUUAUAAAAAAAAAAAAAGAUGAGAAAAUUUGGUUCAAAAAUCGGGGAAUCACGUGCCUCAUUGUCCCUCACGUGAACGCCACAUUGAAAACACGCAUCAACACGAAAGCGCAAAUGUUUAAAUAAAUGCACGAAUACAAUUAAAUAUAAUUAUAAA